GAUGAUGCAACGUGUCUGUGAUUCGAUUGUUUAUUCGAAUUAAAUUUUUUUAAAAUAAUCAAUUAAUUUUAUUAUUAUUUUAUAUUAAAAUGGCUGAUUUUGAUUUGGAAAAAUUUUAUAAAUCUAUAAAUGAUGAUGAAAAAUCAUCGGCCAUAUUAACGUUGCAAACAUUGAUGGAAUUUCUUCGUAUGGAUACAUCACGUACGGCUAAUGAAUUAUCUCGUAAUCUUCGCGAUGCUAUUGAUCAACUUAAAAAAAUUGAUCCAGUAAUUGAAGUUGAAUCGGUAGCUGAAAUUUAUUUUCGUUUCAUUACGUUAAGUGCUGCUAAAUUUGAUGAUUUUCAAGAACUCAAAGAAGAACUAUCACGUCGAAGUAAAUUAUAUAUGGAUAAAGUAUCAAAAAGUCGUCAACAAUUGGCAAAAGUUGCACAAAAAUUCAUAACCAAUGAUUCGACCAUACUUGUUCAUUCAUUUUCAAGAGCUGUAUUGGAAACAUUAUUGGAAUGUCGAAAUCAGAAUAAAUGCCUAAGAAUUUUUGUUACCGAAUCGGCACCAGAUAAUCGUGGUCGUGAACUUUGUGCCCAAUUAAAAUUAGAAGGUUUCGAGCAGGUAACAUUGAUUUUGGAUUCAGCCGUUGGUUCUAUGAUGGACUGUGUAGAUCUUGUGUUAGUUGGUGCUGAAGGUGUUACAGAAAGUGGUGGUAUUAUUAACAAGAUUGGAACCUAUCAGAUAGCCAUAUGUGCUAAAGCACAUAAUAAAACAUUUUAUGUACUUGCUGAAAAUUAUAAAUUUAUUCGCCUUUAUCCACUCUCACAAUCGGAUAUACCUGAUCGUAUUAGAUUUCGAACAUUACCAUUGACCAGUAUGAAUCGUGCCAAACAUGAAUGUCAUCCAUGUGUUGAUUAUACACCACCCAAUUAUAUAACAUUAUUAUUGACUGAUCUUGGUCCAUUAACAACGGCUGCCGUUUGUGAUAUGUUGGUACAAUUGUAUACAUGAAAAAAAAUCAUGAAAUCAAAAAAAAUCGAAAUAAAAAUUUUAAAAUUUU